AUGCAAGACAGAAGCUGUGGCCAGACAUUGCCUCUUUCUUUAAUGCUGAAGGAGGCUCACUGUGCAGAGAGAGGCACCAAUGAGGGAUACCCUGAAAAUAUAUCAGAAGCUUCUUCCUCACAUGACUUUUUCUAUGAUUCCCUAUCUGACAUACAGGAUGGGGAGUUUUCAAAUGAACUCUCUGCCUUCCUCACCCAGGAGGAGAUAUAUAAGAGCCUUGACAUAGCUUGGAAAGCCAUUGCCAGUUCUGUGAAGGAAGAUCAGAAUGCAGCUCCAGAAUUCACUCAUUAUUUCAACACCUCUCUUCCUAGCCCUUCAGAAAAUGCUUCUUUCAGGGAGACCAAACUGCACAAGCAAGAUGCUUUAUGGAGGCCUCAAAGAAGCAGUCUGACUUCAUCUGCUGCAGCUCACGUUCUCCCAGAGAAUCGGAAAGAGCUGCCCACCUCGCCUCAAACGGCAACUGGUUUCGUUACUAUUUCCAGGAAGCAAGCAAGCACCUCACCUUUGCUAACUGAUAGUCCCAGAUUUAUUCGAAGCCUGAAAAAUUCACAGAGAUGUGGUCCAAGUGUGCCCAAGACAAGCCCAAAAUCCAAAUCAGCAUCCCAUGGAGAAGUUCCUUUCAGGAACAAGCUGUGUGACAAAGCUGCCACAUUCAUUGAGGAACUGUCAUCUAUAUUUAGAGAAGCAGCAAAGGCAAGAGGUCGAAGUCCUGAUGGAGACUCUUCUUCUCCAGAUAGUGGAUACCUGUCUCCUAAGAAGAAACAACCAACUAUGAUAAGUACCUCAGUGAACCAGGAUUUUGGCACGCCACCUCAGGAGACUGAACCUGAGGCAAAAUUACCUGGAGCUCAUCUCAAUGGAGAACAACGCUUUGCUGAAAAGAAAAGCAUCACACAGCAAAGUGAAAUGGUCCUCUGCCAACCUUUCGUGAACACGAACACAGACAAGAACCAGUCUUCAGCGCCUCGAUUCAUUCAGAAGCUCCGCAGCCAGGAAGUGGCUGAAGGAACCAAAGUAUUGUUGGAGUGCAGAGUUACUGGCAACCCAGAUCCUUAUGUCAGAUGGUUCUGUGAAGGAAAAGAGCUCCAGAAUUCCCCUGACAUCCAGAUCCAUUCUGGAAGUGGAGGACUUCAUUCACUAAUUAUAGCAGAAGCCUUUGAAGACGAUACUGGGCGCUAUACUUGUCUGGCUUCAAAUUCCAUUGGUUCAGAUAGCACCUCUGCUGAAAUAUUCAUUGAAGGUGCCACUUCCACAGAUUCCGAGAGUGAGAGUUUAAUUUUCAAAUCAAAAUCUGGAGCUAUGCCACAGGCCCAAAAGAAAACCACCUCCGUUUCCUUAACAAUAGGAUCUUCAACACCAAAGUCAGGAGUCACCACUGCUGUUAUUCAGCCUAUCUCUGUGCCUAAUCAGCAGGUCCAAAGCCCUACUUCGCAUCUCCACCGUCUAGAUGGAUCCAAGCCUGUCUAUUCUGCACCUGUUUUUACAAAGGAGCUACAAAACUCCACGGCAUCUGAGGGGCAAGUUGUGGUGUUGGAAUGCAGGGUCAGAGGAGCCCCUCCUAUUCAUGUCAAGUGGUUUCGCCAGGGUACACAAAUUCAAGAUUCUCCAGACUUCCGAAUUCUCCAAAAAAAGCCACGAUCUGCAACUGAACCUGAAGAGAUAUGUACCCUUGUAAUUGCAGAAACAUUUCCUGAAGAUUCAGGAGUUUUCACAUGCACAGCAACAAAUGACCAUGGGACAGCAACGAGUAGUGCACAACUGAAUGUCUGUUCAGCCAACUCAGAAAACUCUAGCCAUGAAUCAUUAACAAGAGAAUCCACCAGUGAUGAUUUCCACCAUUUCCCACCACUUCCUCCGGUUGAAAUUAGCUCCCUUGAGCUUCCUCCUAAGAAACACACAGAGACCCACCAGGCAAACAACUCUGAACUGAGAUCUGGUGUGACAGCCCUUCAGUUACAGCAUGAUGCCUCUGAGGAGAAAACAAAUGGUAUCCAUCCCAUUCAUGGAGUAAAUGGAAUGAUUAACAGCAAACCAAACAGUGAUAAACCCACCCCCUCUCCAGCUGGCUUGCUUUCACCCACUAAGGAGCCACCGCCCGUGCUUGCCAAACCAAAGCUGUGA